GAAGUACGGACAUGGAUUCAAGGGGUUUCAUUACAUGGAGUUCACGCUCUUAAAGGAAUGAAUUAGUGGGCUAGUCGCAGUAAACAUAUUACAUUUAUGUUGUCAUAUUUAUACUCUUACUUAUUCUUACUUGAAAAUAGUAGAAAAUAGAAAUGCCGCUUCUUGUCCAAAAUAAGAAAAUUGAACGAUUACGUUCCACAGCGGGUUUAUUUGCUAAACAUCCGCAUUUCCAGGAGAAUGCCAAAGCGUUUCGUGCUAAGGCACUUGAAAAUGUCGACACAAAGUGCCUUCUCUAUGUGCAACAGAGAGAGUUUGCGGCUACAACCCCGGCUGAUAAAUCAGUCACUGUGCUCGGCUCUGAUGAUGCAACAACCUGCCACUUGGUAGUACUACGGCACACAGGAAGUGGAGCCACGUGUCUGGCUCAUUGUGAUGGCUCCAGCACCUGGACCGAAGUACCCUCCAUUGUCAAAGCUGUCACCACACUGAGCGGCAAAGCCAGCGGAGGCAGGUUGGAGCUGCAUCUAAUCGGAGGUUUCGAUGAUGACAGGAAGACGUCACACCAGCUGAGCCUUAAUCUCCUGGCGGCUUUUCAAAAGCAAGAAGAAGACAUUCACUUGGUCACAUGCUGCAUUACAGAGCUAAAUGACGUUGUAACUGAUGGGAUACACAGACCAGCAGUAUAUGGAAUUGGAGUCAAUGUGAAGACUGGGGACGUGUUCCCAGCCACCUUCUCUAGGCGGGGACCUGCAGAGGAGCUCCGCUCAGCCCAGACGUUCAUUGGCAGACAGAUGGUCGAAAUCUAUGACUCGAGUAAGGAACUUGUGAAAAUCGGUCCAUGCGAGUGGUCCCCGAAUAGAGAACUUAUCUUCUGGCUGACCCAGGAUGAUAUCACAAUACUGCAGUACUUGUCCACGUCUCCAAUGGCUGAACCUCCCCACUUCGUCCAACACAUUAAGAUGACCAUCCAGUUCUUGCUGGAACACCCCAGCGCAGACAGCCUCUUUCCAGGAGGGCUUCCUCAGACCUUCCGCAGGACAGAGUGUGGAGCCUGGGAAAGGGAAGCUGAACAGUAGAGAUGCCUUCCUAUGUCGGACGUAUGAGAGCUUUAAAAGCUGAACCUCCAGGACUCAGUGACUCCCCUGGCCCCCUGGGCCUGUCCAGUGGGACUCCCUCUGACCACCGUCCCCAAAAGGCUGUGCCAAUGAUGGGGUUUUUCUCCUGUCCUCCUGCUGAAUUGUGCUUGUUUCUUUACUCCACAGUGUGUAAUAUUCUUCGUGGAUUUAAGAUGAAAAGAAUCGUAUGAGGAAGAUCUGUUGUAAAUCUGUAUACCUUUUUAUACUGAAGUGAACUUUAUGCUACCUAUAAGGGGUGUAUAUAUAUGUAUACUAAACAUACAUAACCAAUCAAAUGCAAUCAAAAAAAUUAAAACACUUGUUUCUGUA